CUCCAGUGGAGGUUUCUACUAACAGGUUUUUUUUGGUCCUUUCUUGAUCUCACUACUGCUACUAGUAAGUAUGUCGAGACUCUCCUGUCUUUUUAUGGAUAUAAUACAGCCCACUCUUGUUUCUAGCACGCCCUAGUGCAAUACCGUCGGUUGUGUCACAGACAACUCACACAAUCACACUCCUCAGUAUGAUUGUGCGUGACUAAAGAACUAGGACAACCACAACUAGCAGAAAUAGACCAAAAUCAAAAUGGUUGUUCAACGCACUCCUUCUCCUGGAGGCGCGCCGCCUUUUGCUGCACCUUUUGGGGGACCUCCCGAUGACAGUCCUCCAGUAGAGGGAGAGUCGGGUGUGGAGCUUGACACGGAAAGUACAACCAGCUCUAAUGUGGAUGGAGAGCAGGGGGUCCGAUAUUUCUCGCACCUCCAACAUCCUGCAGUCGUCGUUAUGAGUGCAGGUGGUGGAAAAUAUUUAUUAAAUACUUAGUCUUCAAUACUGGACAAAAUACUAUUUAAAUUAUAGUCUUCAAUACUGGCAGGUCUGGACAAGGAAUGGGUACACUACUCAAAGUCAUCUGGACAAGGAAAAGAAGAAGGAAAAAGGACGACGACCCAGAAGAUGAUCUGUGAGAUGCAUUCCCUACAACUCUAAUGUAGUCUCUGAUACAAGAGGUGGAACGAGAACCCGAGAUGGUGGAGGUAACAUUGGCGGAGCUGCGACGUGGGAAAGUUUGAAAUUAUGAAGCUAAUGCCACCUGACGCCUGCCGCCUCAGAGACUUGAUUGAAGUCCUCUCUACAUUCUAACUCCUUCGAAGUACUGGCCUUGGAAAGUCCUAGGCUCAUCUUAUUAUGCUGAUGCUUCGGUGAGUAAUUUUAAUUUUUUCACGUUCGUUCAUUCUUGUAGUUCUUAUAGGUGAAACAAAAGUAUUAUAAUUUGCAAAUCCUUGUCAGACAAUGUGGUUCUUCUAAUCUUCGACGAAUUUUUCAAACUGCAGAGCGAAGAGCAGGUCUUGCGCACGGUUAUCAAGGAGAACAGGAGAUUGGAGGAUGACCUAGAAUUCUACAAGGACCGGACGAAAACUUUGCUGGAGAAGGAGAAAACGUACUACGUAUUCUUUUACGGUCUAUCUCCGCGAAUGAGGAGUUCAAAUCCUCCAUGAUGUUUCUUAUAAACUAGUUUUACUUACUUCUAUGCUUCCUCGAACAACCACCACCCUAAACCCUAGGCUAAUGAUCUCCGCUAUGGAGAGUGGCACCAAGGCUGAAGCGUUCGAAGCAGCCAGAGACCGGGUGGCGGGAGAGCAUGGACGCAAAUUAUUUCGACUAGAGAGGCAUCUUGGCAAGCUCAAGUGGGAAAAUAAGACGCUCAAGACGGAGUUGGUUGUGGCACAGCAGCACGUGUUCGAACAGCAAGAAAUCUUCGAAUUGCAGAUGACACGAGUGGAGGACUCGCAGAAGCAGGAGCAACAAGUGCACUCUCAACUUUUAUGUUGAGACUUGUCUUACUACUUUCAUUGUUAAUUAUGUAGUCUAGGUGUUGGCAUGCUAGCCAAUGUUAGGCUCCAUGUACUGUAAUGUUGAUGUUAAAAAUCUUAGUUUCUAGAUUCUUUCGUUCCCGCCAAUAGUACCUCUUCUACAACUUAAUAAUUGCUGUGGUUUGUUAAUGUUAAUCCACUUAGUUUCUAGAUUCAGUCGUUCCCGCCUCCAACUCCCGUGCGAAAGAAUCAGUCUUGGGUGUCAUCUUUCCCUCACUCGGAGCAUCUGAAUCCCAAAGGCAAUAUCCCUGUCUAUGUCUAAUCCCGGAGCAGCAGAUCUCAAUUAAGGAGUCUGAGAAGACUCAGCUUGCGGGCCAAGUGAAGCUGCUGCAGGAAAACUUGUACACACUGGGUAAGAGUAUGAAGAAGGAAACCGGUGCUCUAGAGAAGGCCUUGGAGGAACGAAGGAAGGAAAUAGACUCAGUUCUGGUAGAGAAAGAUAGGUGUGUGAUGGAAAAAGAGCAAGUACUGGCGGAAAAAAAUGCGGCUUUGGCAGAGAAAGACAGGGCGUUGACGGAGAAAGACAGCGUGAUAGCGGGAAAAGACAACGCUUUAGCUGCGAAGGAGCAGGAGUUGGACGAGGUGCGAAGGGAUGGGGAAGAGAAGGUACUUAAAAAUACUUGCUAUAAUAACAGCUACGUAGUUACUAUAACAGAAACAGCUACGUAGUUCUUCUUCUUGUUGAUGUCCUUCUAGAAGAUCUUGCUUCAGGUCGCUUCUCUCCAGCAGCAAUUGCAGCAAGUGAUGCAGCGCGAGGAAGCUGCAGCGGAAGCAGCUAGUGAAAGGGAACGCAGUCUCCUGGAAUCCAUGAGUCAACUGCGUCAAGAGUUAGGUUCCGAGAAAGAGCGCGCUCUAUCCGAGCUCCAACAGCGCUUGGAAUCCCAACUCGAACAGCUUAAAACUGAGAAGGAGACUGCCCAAACCGAAAUUGUGGCCGUACGUGGUGAACUAGAGGAGUCCAAGUCAGCAGUGGAGCAAUCAGAGCAAGAACGUGCUAGCUUACGAUCUGAGGCGGAGCAAUUGCGUGCAGAGAAGGACCAGUUGGAGGUGGAAAGCGAACAGAUGCGUCUGGAGACGGAGCAAUUGCGUGCAGAGAAGGACCAGUUGGAGGUGGAAAGCGAACAGAUGCGUGGUGA